GUAAAUAUAGUUGUUGAACACAUUCAGAUGCUGCAUGGACUGAAAAAACAAUACAAUCACAACUCCAAAUAUAUAGAGAAUAAAAUACUUUAUAUGUAAACGUAACACUUUGAAUGGAGCCAUUUUGUAGAGUCAAUACUUUAACUUUAAAUACUUUAAGUACAAUUUUCUGCUGAUACAGUUUUUACACUUAAAUAAGACUUUCACCUCUAACAGAGUAUUUCUUUAUUGAAGUGUCGCUACAGUCUGAGAGCUUCUCCCACCUCUGUUGUAGUUUGUCUCGUAGCAGCUCGUGUUAUUUAUAGCAGGAGGCCUGGCUGCAGCUGUUUCUGCAUUUCAGUGGUUCAGCAGCUGCUGCCUGUUUGUGUGUGUGUGAGUGUCUGUUUUGCUGCCGCUGUGGGGACCCCAGUUUCAUUCGGGGACAACAGGUGGGGUCCACACAAGGUCAUGUAUUAUAAUUUAGGGGUAAGACUAUUGGUUGAGUUGAGGGUAAAGCAGGAGCUCUCAAACUUAAGAUAAUGUAAUCCCAAACACCGGCCUACUCAGUGAAAGUCACCCCGACCCAACUCUGACUGCUGCCCCCUCCACUUUUGUUGUUGUCCUUAACGGUCAUGAAAUACAACAAACAACAAAAUACAGAAACAACAACAGGAAAAUAAAAAUAAAUAAACAUAACAGAGAACACAAUGCAGCGCAACAGAGGAUGAAAUUAAUUCAAGGUGUCAAUCAAUCGUGCACCAACAAAAACAGGUCUUCAGCAGUGUCUUGAAGGUUCCUGUUGUCGGAGCAGUUUUUAUGUGAAGAAGCUGCAACAAUCCACACGUGUUACCUGGACGUGUCUCACACCUGGUGUGAGGUCAGCACAUUGUGUGUUCACAUGACUGAGAAAUUAAAUAGAAUGAAAAAGAUGUAAUAUAUGAACAGAAAUCAGUUUAAAUUGACCCCAACAAGAUUAAUUUUUCAUGAGUUAUUGUAUAAAAAACUUUUAAUUUUAGGUGUAUUUCCCUUCAGUAAUGAACUUGUCUUGAUGUGUGUGUGUGUGUGUGUGUGUGUGUGUGUGUGUGUGUGUGUGUGUGUGUGUGUCGAAGACAGCUGAGUGUUUGUAUAUGUAAAUGUUAACCAGACUCACAGCAGACGGGUGCGUCAGUUGCUUUCUGUUUAUCAUUAUGCAAAUAGGCUGGUUGCAGUGAGCCUGUGUGUGUGUGUGUGUGUGUGUGUGUGUGUGUGUGUGUGUGUGUAUACACAGGGCUUUGAUGGUAUUAAUGCGGACGUUCCUUCAUCACAGAUAACAUCUAUCAGAACUUGAAUGACGGCUCUUUCUAUGCUUUCAUGUUCACUCUCUUUUCUCUGGUCCUGUUGUGCUGGAGUUUGUGGAGAUCUGGUGAGCAGUGGUGAAAAAGUAAAUGUGGUAAUACAGCAAGGUGAAAUCCUUCACUACAAGUCAAAGUUGUUAAAUUAGGAAAUACUUAAGUAAAAGUUUGGAAGCAAAAUGUGACGUAAAACAUAAAACAUCAUGACAUCAUCGUGUAAACAGGAUUAUUAUCACUGGUGCAUCUGUUGCACUUUUUAAACAGAAAUUGUGCAAAUCUGCAGGAAAGCCCAAUCAGUUUUCUUUCAGCAUUGGCAGUAUAAAAACAAAAUCAGGGAGUGCAGCAAAAUGCCGCCUACCUACUUUUGUUUAUACAGAAUGUACCUUUUUCGGGGCAAUGGGGGGCGUGAGCAAGUAACAAAACGUGUAGCUCAACGUGUGACGUAAACAGUGACGUGGGAGGGAAGCCGCGGCUGGUCAGUCCUUCAGUGAUUCUCUCGUAAGUCGGCCCGUUCUUCACCGUCCCCGUCAUCUGACGGUUAAUGGCCUCUUCGUUUGCGAGGACAAGGAGGGCGCGCAAUUCCUUGUCUCCCCAGUUGCUCAUCUUUACAGUGUCUGUCAGGUUUGUGUUUCCCUCUUGCUACUAGCUGCUCGCUAAUUCCUGCUAUCAGCUGUUUCCUGUUUAUCCUGCAGCGUCAUCAACAGCUCCUCCCACACGUCAUCAACAGGUCCUCCCGUUCUGUUUAAACUAAAAGGGUUCCACCAAUAUGUCUACCCUAUGAGGUGGAAAAUUGGGCACUUCGGAUCUAAACGCUCACAGCUUGCCGGCAAAACGGCCCAACAUUUGCCGAAAAUCUGGCAGUGUAAAAGGGGCUUAUGUUUAAACUGCAUUUAGUUUGUCGAAGUGGAGUUAGUUUUAACUUCCUAACAAAGUAGUAUAAAAACUUUAUUUUUUAGUGCAGUAAAAUUAUUUACACCUGUGUUUAUUUUAAAUCAACUUGAAAAUGUUCUAGAAAUAAAACGUCUCUGUAGCUUAAAGCAGGAAAGUCAUGGCACAAGAGCUGUUUUUAAAAAAAAAUUCUUAAAGAUUUAUGUAAAAACACAGGCUGCAAUAUUCCAAAUGCACAAGCACCUUCAUAAGAAACUAAAACUUAAAGUACAAUAUUUCUUGCUUAAAUGAAUCACAGUAGAGGGAUAAGGGAGUCGAAAACAGGAAUCUUCAAGUAUUUGUACUUCAGAACAGGAUUUUAAUAAACGUACUUUCCACCUGUUCACCUUUGUUUUCUCUUUCAAAUAAGUCGGUCUAACCUGUUGAAGCCAAGCAGCAACUUCUGAGGCUGAAACAUGAAGCCAGUGCUGAAGUGCCAAAAACUGCAGUUCCUCUAAUGACCACUAGAGGCUGGCUCCAAGACCUGGCAGCGGCUCUCAUGAAGCUCGAUCCAGAAGACGGCGAGCAGAUCAUGGAGUAUUUUAAAACUCACGCGCUGCUGACGAGAGAAAAAGCACUGCUGCAGGCGUCAGUCAGAGAUCAGAAGAAGCUGCUGGUCGAAAACGGUAAACUGAAGAAAGACAUCGAGCAGCUGAGAGCUCAGCUGCAGGAGAAACAGAGGAGACGCACCACCAAGGCUUUAUUCUCCCUGGCCCCGUCUCCUCCAACUGUUAACCCCGCCCCCACAACACCUGUCGAUCAACCUCCAUCCCCUGCUGGAGCAACAGCUGCUGUUCCUUCAAAUGCCCCUCCCCCCUCCUCACAUGACCACAGAGACAGACACAGCAGGAGGAGGAGAGGAGACAGGAAAGCUCGUCCGUCCUCUGACUCCUUCUCGUUGGAGGUGGAGCCUCGUGUCGAUGUGUCGAGACUGGACCUGCGGGUUGGACGGAUCCUCAGCGUCCGCCAGCACCCGCUGACAGACGCCAUGUCCGUCCAGGAAGUGGACGUGGGAGAGAACGCACCCCGCACGGUCGUCAGCAAACUGGGAGUGAAAACGAACCAAGUGGUGCUUCAGGGCAGUCUAGCUGUGUUGCUAUGCAACGUCAAGUCCUGUAAGCUGAGGGGCGUGGUCUCCCAGGCCCGCCUCCUCUGUUGCUCUACCUCUGAUGACCACACUGAGCUGCUGACUCCGCCCACUGGCUCCACCCCCGGAGACAGAAUCACCUUCCUCAACUACCCCGGUGACCCGGACAGAGAGCUGCAGUCCAAACAGAGGGUGUGGGAGCUUCUCCAGCCCGACCUGCAGGUCGACUCUAAGGGCGUGGCCAACUACAUGGGCUGCGGGUUCGAGGUGAAGGGGAAGGGGCUGUGCAGAGCGCCCACCCUCACCAACUGCGCCAUCAGAUAGACGCCACGAGGGGUGACAUCAUCGAGGACAAGACAUGCUGCAGACGUGAUGGUCACCAGAGUGCUUUUAUUGUGAAAAACCAGCUCAGCUGUGGCAAAGCAACAACAAAAAUCAGCUGCUGACGAUCACUCACCAGCUGGUGCGGUUAGCUUAUGAAAGAGAAAUUCAUUUUCCUUUAAUCACUGUUUAUUGAUUAAAAAUCUGAA